UAUAAUUGAAUCCAUCUUCUGCUGAUUUUUGCAGUACACUGUCUUCAGGACUGAAUUCCUUGGCAGCCAUUACCUGGGAAGAUGGAAUUAAGCAAACCAAGUGGGGAGAAAAUCUCUCAGAAUCACAAGCAAGUUGGAUUACUAAAGCCUUGGGUGUUGUCUAUGGAUUGAUAUCCAUUGGUCUCUCUUUCAUUGCUGGAAAGUUUGGUGGAGUCCUGCAAGUUUGCAUCACAGUCACUUCAGUGUUGGCAGCCCCAGCCCUGACUCUCUUUCUUGCUUCAGUCCUGCUGCCAUUUGUUAAUGUUCCAGGGGUUUUUGCUGGCUCAGCAGUAUCUCUAUUUGUGUCAGGAUUCCUUGGCUUUGGAAGCUACAUUGAUGGUGUCCCAGGACCUGUUCCUCUGAAAUCAUUUGUUGAAAUCUGUCCUCCUGACUGGGAUGUCAGUGAAAUAGCCUUCAGCAAUUCAAGUGUUUCUGCUCCUGCUGAGGACUGGAAUGAAUUGAGCUUCAGGAAAAUCUUCAGGAUAUCAUACCUUCUGUUCAUGUGCACUGGGCUAUUAUUUGGGUUGAUCGUGACCAUAAUCACAAGCUUGGCGACUGGUGGCUACCCUGAAGAUCAAAUUGACUCAUCACUAGUUCAUUCCUGGUCCAUCGACUUCUUCAAAUGGCUGAAAGCCAAAUCAGGAAUAUCCAAGAUCUCUCACACUUCUGCUUCAUCCUACAAUUUUGAGUUGAAAAGUGCAGGAAUGGCUGGAUCCAAGAGCAGUGAGACUAUGUAUCCCACAGCUGCUUCCACUGAAACUUUGGUCACCAGAGUUGUGGCGGAUUAUGCAGUGUUUUUCGGGUCGCUGGUUGCUGCGUUGGCAAUCGGGAUUUGGCAAGCAGUCAAGUACCGCCAUGACUCGCAAAAGGACAUGCUGGUCAUUUCCUCGGGGAUGCAUUUGGUGCCCAUCACUUUGUCUCUCAUGGCCACUUACCUGUCUGCAAUAUUGAUCCUAGGUACUCCAGCAGAGAUUUAUGCCAAUGGUUCAGAAUGGACAACAUCAAUCCUUGGCUUUCUAAUUGGCAUCCCAUUGGCAACCGUGGUGUUUGUGCCAAUUUUCUACAAGCUGAAACUCACUAGCGUCAACGAGUAUUUUGAGUUGAGGUUCAGGAGCAAAGCAGUGAGGAUACUUGGAAGUUUUCUGUUUUUGGCACAAAACCUGCUCUACAUGGGUGUUGCCCUGUGGGCACCUGUUAUUGCCAUUUCCUCUGUGACUUCCAUGCCUGAAUGGGUCGCAAUCUUGACUGCUGGAGGCAUUUGCACUAUCUACACAGCCGUGGGUGGACUAAGAGCUGUUGUGUGGACAGAUGCUUUCCAGGUGGUGGUCAUGUUUCUUGGACUUUUGGUCAUUAUAGUUUAUGGGACAAUCCAAGUUGGAGGAGCUGGAGAAGUCUGGAGAAUAGCUUCAGAGAAUGACAGAGCAAAUUUCUUCAAAACCCUGAUGCUCAAUGUUCCUGGAGUGAUUAUUCUUGUGCUCAUGGCAUGUAUAGCAGGACUGGUCUUGUUUGCCAAUUAUGUGCACUGUGAUCCUCUGAAAGCUGGAAUCAUCAAAAGCAAAGACCAGAUUAUUCCCUUUUUUGUUGUGGAUCAACUGGGGGACCUGAGUGGAUUGCCUGGGCUUUUCAUGUCCUGCUUGUUCUCUGGAGCAUUGAGGUAA